GAAGUCAUAUCAAGAGGUUAUUUUUACAGUAAUAAAGAUUUUUUAAAUAUAAGAUGGAAACUGUGAAAGGAAAACCAGUAUUUGAACAUCAAGGUUAUUUGUAUAUCGUUAGUAAAGAAUCAGGUCAAAAGGUGAUAUGGUGUUGUCGUAAUUAUCGUCAUGGUCAAUGUCACGGUCGACUCCAUACAAUUAAUGGUCAGGUUGUACAAACAGUUGGUGAUCAUAAUCAUGAACCAAGUGAUUCAGCUGGAGAAGUGAUCAAAGCACGUACCAAAAUGAGUGAUGCAUCCAAACAAACUGGUCGUACGACACAUGAUAUUGUGGCUGAUGGUGUAUCCAAAUUAUCUGAUCAUGCUAUUUCAUCAUUACCAAAUUUACAAAAUCUUAAACGUACUGUUCAAAGAAUUCGUCAACGAAAUCAAAAUCCACUACCAUUACCAACAAGUCGUGAUACAAUUGUUAUUGAUCCACAAUAUACAAAAACAGCUCGUAAUCGAACAUUUUUGCAAUUCGAUUCUGGGCCAAUUGAUCGACGUAUAUUAAUAUUUUCAACCAAGAAGCAAUUGAAAAUAUUAGGGAAAGCACAUUCAAUAUAUUUAGAUGGUACGUUUAGUGUGGUUCCAGAAUUGUAUUUUCAACUAUAUACUAUACAUGCUACAUAUUUAAAUCAUAUAGUACCAGUGGUUUAUGUAUUAUUGCCAGGUACGUGUCAAUUGUUACAUUUUUUUGUGCUUUGAUCUACAUGCUGAAGGUUGGCUGACAUAGACACGUAACUUUAAUAUAUCUUAUAAAAAGUUGGACUUGGAGUAUUUGGACUUUUCCAAUUCAGUAGAAUAUAUUUUGUAAAUGUUUGCUUGUUUUCUUUGUUUAGGUAAAACACAACGUUUGUAUAAAGAAAUGUUACAGCA